AUUUAGCAUUGAAAGACCUAAAAUGGCAGAAACAAAGGUAAGCCUGAAGCUUUUGAUAGAGCAGAAGAGCCAACGAGUGCUGUUUGCUGAAGCAGACAAGUCAUUUGUUGAUUUACUCUUUAGCAUUUUCACUCUGCCGUUGGGAACUGUGACAAGGCUCCUACGAAAGCAAAACAUGGCAGGCUGCUUGCGUAGCCUGUACAAGAGCAUUGAGAAUCUGAGUGAUAUUUACAUUCAGCCGGACCAAGACAAAAACUUUCUGCUAAGCCCAAAAGUAGCCAAUAUUUCUGGUGCUAAAGUCCCUCUCCUCUUGCCAAGCCUUGAGCAGUCGGGCACAGACAGGAAAAUUUAUAGGUGUGGUGGCUACAACAACUGUCAGUACGUGGCUAAUGACCCGAGAGCAAUUUGUCCUUCGUGCAGGAAUCAAAUGGCCACCGAGCAAACUUAUGUAGAUUACCCACCGAAGGAUACUAACGCAUCCUCCUCUAGUGAGGGGGGUUACGUGAAAGGGGUGAUCACAUACAUGGUGAUGGAUGAUCUGGAGGUGAAGCCUAUGUCAACCAUCUCUUCUAUCUCUUUACUUACCAAGUUCAAUGUCAGGGACCUUGGAGCCGUUGAGGAGAAAGUGGUGGAUUUGGGCAUGCAUGAGGUUCUGAGUUUGUUGGAAGCUUCUUUGCAAUCGAAGACUGUUCUGACCGAUAUCUUUCUUCGAAACAAUACUGACAAGGAGGAGAAGAUUGUUUUGACCCAUGUCAUCCUUCAAAAUGAUACCGACAAGGACGAGUAAUUCAGGUUGUGGGUAAAAAGAUCCAAAUGAAGUUACUGUUGCUUCUAAUUACUCUUUUAAUUUCAAGAUGCAAGAACUCUAUGUAAUAAUUGGUUCAGAAAGUGUUAAUUGUGAGAUUGGUAUUUUGGCGUUUUAUUGCAACAAUGUUUCUCAAGUUCUGUUAUAUGAACUUGUAUGUUUCAUGUUAAUCAAAUCUGGUUUGCUA